CACAAUAAAGUUAGAAGCCGGACCGGCCGAGCACCAAGUGGACCUGCAGACUCCCACCGGAACUACUCACGCCGACCUGGGAUUUGUUUUGCACCCCCCAAGCGUGGAUAUAUGCACCGCGUGGUUCUUUCACGAUAGUCCGGAGAGAGCGAGUCUGGCCAUGCGGGCUUCGAUGCUGCCGAGCCUGCUCCUCUUGUCCGGACUCCUGGCGCCCAGCUCGGUGCGCGGCUUCGGCGACGAGGCGGAGGAGAUGACCUGCGACCCCAUCCGGAUCGGCAUGUGCCAAGGUCUGGGCUACAACGUCACCAAGAUGCCCAACUUGGUGGGCAACGUGUUGCAGUCGGACGCCGAGCUGCAGCUGACCACCUUCACGCCGCUCAUCCAGUACGGCUGCUCCGGACAACUCAAGUUCUUCCUGUGCUCGGUCUACGUGCCCAUGUGCACGGAUAAGGUGCCCAUACCCAUCGGCCCAUGCGGGAGCAUGUGCAUGUCUGUCAAGAGGAAAUGUCUGCCGGUCCUUCAGGAGUUCGGCUUCAUCUGGCCAGAGGUGCUCAACUGCAGCCUCUUCCCGCCUCAGAAUGACUACAACCACAUGUGCAUGGAGGGCCCCGGGGACGAGGAUCCACCCUAUCACCCCAUCCGUCACCCUCCCCACCAGGAGGAGUGUCAGGCCCUAGGGUCCGCACCCGACCAGUACGUCUGGCUGAAGCAGGCCGACAGCUGCGCUCUCCAGUGCGGCUACGACAGCGGACUGUACAGGCGGGGGGCCAAAGUCUUCACCGACGCCUGGAUGGCGGUGUGGGCGGUCCUCUGCUUCCUCUCCACCACUUUGACCGUGCUGACCUUUCUCUUGGAUUCACAACGAUUCUCCUACCCUGAGCGGCCCAUCAUAUUCCUGUCCAUGUGCUGCAAUUUGUACAGCGUUGCCUACCUGGUGCGGUUGACUCUGGGAAGGGAGCGUGUGUCGUGUGACCUGGAGGCCACAGAAGUGCCUAUUCUAGUGCAGGAAGGACUAAAAAGUACCGGUUGUGCCAUCGUCUUCCUUCUGCUCUACUUCUUUGGAAUGGCCUCGUCUCUCUGGUGGGUGAUCCUGACCCUGACGUGGUUCUUGGCCGCGGGACUGAAGUGGGGCCACGAGGCUAUUGAGAUGCACAGCUCCUACUUCCACAUCGCGGCUUGGGCUAUCCCGGCUGUUAAAACCAUCGUCAUUCUCAUCAUGAGACUGGUGGACGCUGACGACCUGACUGGCCUUUGCUACGUGGGCAACCUGCAGCAGGAGGCGCUCACAGGCUUCGUGGUGGCACCGCUAGCCACCUACCUGCUUAUAGGGACUCUGUUUAUCUGUGCUGGCCUUGUAGCGCUUUUCAAAAUUCGCUCCAAUUUGCAAAAGGACGGCGCCAAGACAGACAAGCUGGAGCGUUUAAUGGUGAAAAUCGGAGUGUUUUCCGUGCUCUACACCGUUCCAGCCUCCACGGUGAUUGGCUGCUACCUAUACCAGCUUUCCAACUGGGGGAAGUUCAAGGCCUCCACGCAAGACUCGUACGUCGCAUCGGAGAUGCUUCGAAUCUUCAUGUCCCUGCUGGUGGGCAUCACCUCGGGCAUGUGGAUCUGGUCAGCCAAGACCCUCCACACGUGGCAACGCUGCUCCGUCCGCCUCCUCAAGGACAGCAGGGCGGGUCGAGGCGGCAAGAGAGGACCGGGCAAAGGUUGGAUUAAACCGGGGACGGGCAACGAGACAGUGGUGUGAGGAGAAUGAACGGACAAGACCGGACUUGGUUCUUUGUCUCACAGAAGUUCACCCCGACAAAAAGGCGGAUGUAACAAACCACUGGAUGUGAAAGGCACUGUAAAAUGUUUACGAGGCCUCAAGCUCGACGUCUCCAACCGUGGCUGGCCUUUGUGGGUGGACCUUCAAACACUAGUAGCCGCGGUAGCCCCUUGACCUCUGUUGGGACUUUUACCACGAAGGAAGAAGGGCGAGAGACAUUGCAGCAUGAACGUGAAGUUGAGAUGACAAAAUAAGCUGUGUUGUGCCACGUCUACCUCUGGCUUACUCUUCUCCUAACCUGCCGCGUACAAUAAGUCUCUUCUCUACCUUAACGGCCUUUGAGGGCCAUUAAGUCCUUGUCCAGAUGGUAUUCAGAUACAGGCUGAGCUUUUUCCAAAGUUCCCCAUGGCCUUCCAUAUAAAAACAGAACGGGAAUUCCAUAGUACGAUGACACACCUGACCAAAAGUAACCAACCCUGCGUUAAAAUGGCCUCGAUUGUUCAAACUUGUUUACGUUUCAGCAGUUUAAAAAUAACACACCCGCACUUUCUUGCAGAUUUCAAUUCUAAAAAAAUGUAGGGAAACCAUCUUCAGGCUGUAAUAAAUAACUAUUAGAAAGAAUGGUUUUGUGGUUGCAGCACCAAUUAAAGCGGCUGACAGAGUCAUGAAUUGACUGAACAGCAUAGAAAUUUGCUUUUUGAUUAACUAAUGCCACCAUCUGAUUGAAAUGAGUAUAUCCGAGACUACUUUACGUGCAAGAAAGUGUAAGUUGGAACAGGAGAUAAUGUUUGUUUUUUUGCCUUGUUCCAACAAAGCAAGCAUGCCUGAUAGAGCGCUCAAAAUUAGGACUUCAAGUUCCAAACUAGCUCUACAUGUUGGUGAUUAGCAUAGUAAUUUUACAUGAGGACACCAAAACUACAGUAGGUAAAAUUGUAAUUUUGCUUCAUUCCCGUGAGAAUACUAGGUGUGACCAUAGUCUUAAGGGGUGUAAUCAAAUAAUACCGUACCGAAUAAUACCGUAUCACCUAUUUCUCUUUCGGACUUCAAUAAAGAUCGGUAGUAGUGUUAGUAUUUACACACUCGAGACCUGCACCUGGCCUUUAUUUUACAAUAGUAAAUGAUCCUUUAAAACAUCCAGAUAGCUUGCUUCUUGUCCCAUUCAUUUCCUGAAAGUUCAGUAAAACGCUCAUAACUUUGAGUUAUCUCUAGCGGAAUGAAAGUAGACCGAGUGGAACUUCUUAUCGGUCAUCCAGUCCAUGUCUCUGUGGGUGGAGGUGAGGAUAGCAUACUGUACACACACACACACACACACACACAAAUAUGCCGAGGCUCAUAACGCAAACCUCACGUAGUAAAGCUGACCCAUACCACCCCCAAAAUAUAAUCACUUGUUGGCAUUUCAGAAAGUCUCAUGAAAAGCCGCCCAUGGCUUUUUGAGUUAUGUUGCAAACUAGCUACCAAAUAUACAAACCCCAGUCAUUACAUAAGUACCUGGUGGAGGUAACAACAGUAGUAGAAACCAAUGAGAAUAUCCUAUCUUUUACGUACUGUACUUGCAAGCAGGAUGAUUAUCUUUAAGAAGCCCGACUUCUGGUCAGCAAUGUGUGCUGCCUCCGUGGAGACCAUAGACAGUAUAUGGUUAUGAGUUACUAUGCAGUCCAGGAAAUUAAAUCUGGCUUUUCUAAACAUGAUGGAAUCCGAUGUUAUUAGACAAUCACUUGCCAAGAGACUCAACGUCCAAUACUACAUUGCCGACACACAAAUAUUCCCUUCACGUCUGAAGAAGGGGAACCAGGAAGAUUUAGCACAUAUCAAUAACUUUGAUAUCGUUAUGUUCUCAGGAGGAUAUGUGCGAAUCUUGAACUUUCAGUGUCGGGAUAGAACGGUUUAUGAAAAAAAAUCUGAACUGUUCAAUUGACCUGGUUUGGAACACAUGUUGUUCGGAUCCCAUUUUUGAAUUUGUUCUAAUCAGUUUAGAGCUUAGGGGGAUAUGAUUUCUGCGUUAACGGAAUGACGGACGGGAUCACGGAAUUGGACAAUAAAAACAGAUUCUACUAUUAAAACGUGGACCUGUAUGUCAUGCGAACCUCAGGAGGAACAUUUGUCUGGGAAAACACUUAACCGCUCCCACCAAAACCAAACCUUUUACUCACCUCAAUGAAGCCACGUCAGUAUUUUAGCUGGACACCAAGGAAGUGUGCAAAAAUAACUACAAAACUAUUUUUUUACUCCACACAGCCGAACACUUUCCACAUGUAUUCUACAGGUCAGGUGAUGUUUUUUUUUUAAACUUAUAUAAGCCGAGAUAAAAACCCAGAAAAACAUUGUGCUAAUGCUAAUGCUAGAUAGCUGGCUGUUGUUGACACGCCAUGCCAGGGGUUGUAGCAUCUUAAACAUCUUCAUUGCUAACUUGGCAGCUUCUAACCCCGGAUUUUCACGAAAUGCGUAACGGCUGCUGAACAUACGCCUACGACUGAUUUGAUAUCACUGAAUUAGUCAUCUUACUCUGGAUUAUAAAUUGUAUUAUAUAAUUAUAUCUAAACUACUUACAGUUUAACAGGAUACAGCUUGUCAAACGAUAUGAAAAUCAGGUCGAUUACAAAAAUAAAUACUAACCAAAUAUACUGCAAAUGAAGGGACUUUAAAAACUGAUGAAAAGUAAAAAGGGCUGAAAUAACUUCUAAUAAAUUAUAGAUUAAUUAAACCGUCCAAAAAAUUAAAGUGCAAAUGAAAAUACUUAAGUCAUAAUUUUUUGCGCUGAAGAAACUUCUACGACUUUAACUCCAAACUUCUUCUGUUUGAUAAGUGGUGGAAAAGAGUAUUACAACUGAGAAAAAAAAAUGUUGGCAGCCCUCUCGGAGGCUCGACUACGGUUAAGAACCAUUGCUUUAAAGCAGGUCAACUUAAAGCCGACAUUGCUAUAUUAUUAUGUUCCAUUUUUAUGCUAUGACUUAAAUACUGGGAGAAAUUUUCCGAUGUGGUAUUGUAUCAACAAAUGUAGGGAUUUUUGCAGUAAAUUCAGGGGUCAGAGCUUCGCGAGUCAUUUUGUAAGAACCACAAAUGAUACCAAAGUGAACAGGACCCAAAACUGAAAUAAAAGAUCCAAACCGUGGAUUUUGUGAACCGUUCCACCCCUAGUUAGGUGCCAUGCGAAUGAUCCAAGUUUCAUAAAGCAAGUACUGAAACAUAGUGUGUCACUAUUCAUUAUACAGCUAGAAACACAUUUAGAUCCGAACACCAAACAAUUGAAUGUUACUCUCCACGUCUUAGCGCCACAUUUAGCAAAUGUGUACAUGCUUGGUGUGUUUGCCUGACAAUCUCCAAAGUGCUUGCGUUUCAGUGAGACUUUGAAUGUAUAGUAAUUGUACCGUGUGUCACAUUAGCCCCGUGGCAAGCGAGAGUGAUACCUGUGGGGUCCUCAUAAGCAUUUGCAGUGUGUCACGUGAAACCAGAUAGUGCCUGUCAAAUGUAUUUUUAGGUAAAUGCGUGGAAGUGGGUGAAGUAUCGUCUUACAGGCUUGGGUUGCGUCUCAGCCUUACGAGGGAAAUGAGACUAUUUCGAAAUAUUCUGGUCAACCUGAGAAGCCCGGGGGUUCUCCAAGCGGCAUACCUUGGCGCUCUGAUGACAUUUCCAAAGUCAAACAAACAUUACAUUGAGCUAAAGUGAAUUAGGUUAAGCUCUGACCACCAGCCGUCUGAGCUAAUGCAGUUUCCCUUUUCUCAGAAUGUUGGCGCCCGGACCCUGUAUGACCGCACUUUUGCCCCCCGUGACAUUUUAAACACUAUCAGAGUUAGACCCGGGCCACAAAAGAUGUGAUAGCAGAUAUGUAAAUGUUUUUGAGAUUCCCAGAUAUGACUCGAUGGUGAGGUUAGUUCACCAGUGCUGAUAUUUUCCUGGAAGAUAUCAAAUGUCUUGAGUGUAUCAUAGGAAAAAUUCUAAUUUAUCCUUGUAAAAAGUGACUGAAUUUUUAAAGAACGUGUUAUUUAAAAUACACUUUUGUAUCAGAAGACAAAUUAAAAAAUUGUUGGUUA